UGGUUCUAUCCGUCGUCGUCUACAAACGGAUGCGAACAUUUACAAAUAUACUGUUGACCUCUUUAGCCACCGCAGAUCUUCUGGUGGGACUGCUGGUUAUGCCGAUGUCACUUCUAGAUUUGCUCCAUAAUCAUCGAUGGCCUUUAGGUAUUGUUUCUUUCUCAAAAGGAAAAUUUUUGUGUGGAUUAUGGGCGACAUCAGAUGUUCUUCUGUGUACUGCUAGUAUAUUAAAUCUGUGCGUGAUCAGUUUGGAUCGGUAUAUGGCCAUUACCUCACCGCUUAAAUAUCCUCGUACACGGUUAGUUGAGAUUUUCAUUAUAUUUUUAGGCUUCAAAUAUAAAAUCAUUCCAUGUCCCAAGUGAGG